AUGUGGUCCUUCAAAAGACUUCUCGCACUCCCCACAAUCCUCGGGCUUCUCUCAAGUGCCUAUGGUGCCUUCUUCUACCCAAACACGCAAGCUUCUCUCCUCGAGCACAUUCUAGUUGAUACACAUGGUGCGCAUUCUUCAGGGUUCGCUGAUGCGAUCACUCCUUGUACAAAUUAUGUUUCUGGGAACCAAUCCAUGGGUCGGACGACGGCAGCGCAAUGGAUCCGGGUUGCCUUCCAUGAUUUCGUGACUGCUGAUGUAGCCUCGGGAACUGGUGGUCUGGAUGCCAGUAUUGGCUUUGAAACUCUGAGAGAGGAGAAUUCGGGAAGCGCUUUUAAUGACUCGUUCACUUUUUUUCGACCAUAUGUAAACCCUGUGAUCAGUACUGCGGACAUUCUUGCCCUCUCAGUGGUAAUGAGCGUGGGCAACUGCGGCGGCGCUCAAAUCCCUUUCAGAGCCGGCAGAAUCGACGCCACAGGAGGUGGUGCUUUCGGAGUUCCAGCACCUGAGACUGACAUCCCUACAACCUUGGGCUUCUUCAGCGGCGCCGGCUUCAAUCAAGUCGAUUCCAUCGGCCUGACUGCAUGUGGCCACACUUUAGGUAGUGUUCAUCAUGGAGGAUUCCCAACGGUAGUGGGUCCCGAAGCCGUUUCAUCAGAUAACCUCGCUGGUGGUAUCCACUUCGACACAACAGUGGCAAACUUCGACCCUCUGGUCGUACACGAGUACUUGAAUGGCACAGGACAACGCGGAGGACCACUUGUGACGUCCUUUAACGUCUCAUCUCGAAGUGAUCUUCGGCUUUAUGAGAGCGAUAAUAACCUCACUAUGAUCGCCCUCGGAGAGCAGGGUACGGGCUUUCUAAAUACUUGCGUUGGGCUAUUGCAGCGUAUGAUUGAGACGGUGCCGAAAAGCAUUGUGCUCUCAGAUGUUGUGACGCCAAUGGAAGUAAAGCCCAUAAACGCAUCUCUCGAUUUCGAUAGCAAAGGAAACCUCUUCUUUUCAGGAUAUAUACGAAUCCUGACACCAACUCCAUCUUCCCCACCGUCCGCACCCGCGUUUCUCACCAUAGCCUCCACCACCCCAAUCCCCCUAACCCCCGAACCCGCACAAGGCCAGUCCAUCUUCGGAACCACGGCCUUCUACCCGUUCGCCACCAAAGUCAUAGAUGCCGGCUCCUUCGCGCACUUCAGCGUCACCGGCCACGGUUCACACAUCACGUUCCCCGUGCAAACUUCCGCUUUCGUCGUCCCCUCCCUCACCUCCGUCUCCUCCACAUCAACAACGAUUCUAAACUUCACCGUCGCAACAAGAUCCAGAGUGGCGCCAACAGUCAAAGUCCAAGUCCCCGUCGGGCAACAAGGAACAUUAGGUCCCGCUAUAAAGACAUUCGACAAUGUGGCUGUUAACAAUACAGGGAGGAAAGCAGGGUAUGAACUCUGGGCUGGAAGCGUAGAUGUUGGUGCUUUGGCGACGGGGGCGCUGAGUGUUGCGAUAUUGGACGGAGAGGGGAAGGAGGUUGACGUUGGGUUUUUCUGA